AACGACUUCAAGGUGAGCACGAACCCUGCCCCUCCGUUUCACCGUCAGGACAUCUCCAGAGAUGUAAUUCUACAACAUGGAGAAUUCUCGUUAUGAAAACUCGACGUUUGAGGCUGGAUUGUCCGGCCCUCCGCUGGAUGAUGAUCUUGGGCCAGUCACUCACUUUCCACAACGCAGAUGCGGGACGUCCUCAAGACCGAAGAACUCGAUAUUCCGGAGGGGGUUACCGUUGAAAUCAAAUCCCGCAUCAUCAAGGUCGCCGGUCCUCGCGGCACGCUCACGAAGAAUGUUCGCCACAUCGAUAUGGAUAUCCGCGUGGUGAAGCGAAGCAAGACCAGCCAAGUUACUCUGGCUGUGUGGCAGGGCGGUCGCAAGCACGUCGCCUGCUUGCGGACGAUCCGUAGUCUUAUCAACAACAUGGUCAUUGGUGUCACCAAGGGCUUCUUGUAUAAAAUGCGUGCAGUGUACGCCCAUUUCCCUAUCAACGCCAUCAUCCAAGAAUCUGGACACGCUCUUGAGAUUCGUAAUUUCUUGGGCGAGAAGACCGUCCGACACGUGAAAAUGCUGGAUGGUGUCACCAUUUCUGAGUCCAAAGCACAAAAGGAUGAGCUGAUUCUGGAGGGCAAUGAUAUUGAGAACGUUUCACAAUCAGCUGCUUCCAUUCAGGGUUCCUGCCGGGUACGGAACAAGGAUAUCCGUAAAUUCUUGGACGGUAUCUACGUUUCAGACCGUACGACGAUAGGGCAGGAGUAAGGCGUGUCAUCAGGAUCAACUCCAUCCUUUAUGGCCAAACUUCAUACUACACGUUCUCUCCUCAUUCAUGUGCACAAUAUGAUGAUAUUGGCCUCUGCAUUAAUUAGCCGACGUUGGGAAAACCAUUUGAGUAUCGACCGAACGU